GGUGAUCGAUCUUCUUGCGUUCCUACAGUGAAAUGUUACGGGGCAUCGUCUCGACCGGUCUUAUCUGUCCUUGCCUCGGUGCUGAUGCUGUUUCGCCAUGCCUGUAAUAUAUCAACAUCCCAUGGCGUCUUCUUCAGCGGGCGACCUGUCCACCGCAGUGUGACCGCCUCGUCGUCUACUCUUGUUGCUUCUCGGCAGCCGAUCCUGCACGGCGAACGAGGGUCUCGUCGCAAUGCGGAGGAAGUGAGAAAUCGGAUACAGCAGCGAACAACUUGCCAUGACUCGACGCAGUCUCAGUGUGGCACGUCUCUGAGGAGCGCAGACCGCCGUGAGGGUUCUGGUUUUUGUUCCUUCACCACAAUCCGCUGCGGUCGUUCGUUCACCACCACCUCUACUCGACAUGAAAACCAAGACCUGAAGACGCGCCGCUCUACCACACAUGCCGGCGUGGCCUCGUCCAACACCACCACCAAUGACCAGCAUGCCACCGUAACUUCCACACCGGUGCCUCCGCGGUCCCCGACGCAGUCUCCCUCCACUGCUCCGUCUUCGUCUCACUCUACCCUCCAAACUUUCCUCGCGCACGCCGCUCGGACGGGCCUCUCUCCCUCCUCCACCGUCUACACGGGCACGGUCUACGAAUACCUCACGGCCUCCACGCUGCGAGCCUACGGUUUCGACCUCCACCGCGUCGGAGGACGAGGCGAUCGAGGUGUUGAUCUCGUGGGACAAUGGCACGUACCUCUCCUCUCACCCACCACGGGGACUUGGAAAGAACACACAAACCCCGCUGACGACAACGUCGUUGUCGACACCGAGACGUUUCGUGUCGUCGUGCAGUGCAAGCGACUCGUGGGGAAACAUGCAAAGAUCGGCCCCAACCUCAUCCGCGAACUCGAUGGGACAGUUCGAGCGGCGAGGUUGGCACCGCUGUUUGAGAGUUUGUUUUCGAAUGGCCCGAAGGGGGAAGAUGGAAACGAUGGUAACAGCCCAACGAGUUCAAACACAUCUUUCCCUACCAUUGGCAUCUUGGUAGGAACGAGACCAGCUACAAAGGGUGUGAUGGAGAGCAUGAGAAGAUCGAAUAGACCUUUGGGUUGGAUCAUGAUGGAGGAAGAAGUAAUGGAUUGUCCGACCGAAUCAUCAUCAUCCCCACCCGGUGCGAAAGUUACAGUACCCAAUGCAUCAUUCAACAACAGUACCAAAGAACAAGCCGUGUCAGAGAUGCCUGUGGAAGGUUGGACAUCCAAACCCUCCGAGGGGAGAACCUCGGAUGCAGACGCUGACACUGAUACUGAUGCCGAGGCUGAAGCCACUCGCGAUUCGGCACCUACUCUUGACGUUGGGACGAGCGAGACAUCGACGGAUGACAACAUUCUCAGCGACAGUGACACACAUACGACCCCCCAACUACCAAUACGAGGCAGAGUUCGUCAAAUUCUAUGGAACCAAGCGGCGCGCAAUCUGGGUCUCGACGACGUCUCGGUGGUUCCUCGUUACGACUCCUCGGGAAGGGAGGAAGUCGUGCUCAUGCGCGGUGGACGAGUUUGGGGCGGAUCGUGACGCCCACGUGUUGCAAAUAUUGUGCGGAGUAGAGAGAGAGAGAUCGAUAUAAUCCUGUCAAUAGACAACGGUACGUUUCACUAGUGACAGCACCUCCUUGUUAAGAUCUAAAGGACGACGCGAGAAGAAUACCAGUAUCCUAGAA